CGUCCGCCAUCUUGGCCCGAGUAGACGCCGUCGCCGCCGCCACUAAACAAACCCGAGCGCGGUACCGGCGAACGAGGGGGAGGUGUGGCUGCCGCGGACCCCUCGAUGUGCUGCGCACGGUCGGGCAGCGACGCUGAGCCCUGGGGGAGCACAGACACAAGGGAAGGAUGCCUGUGGUGUGGCCAACUCUUCUGGACCUCAGUAGGGAUGAGUGCAAGAGGAUCCUUCGCAAACUGGAACUGGAGGCCUAUGCCGGUGUCAUCAGUGCCUURCGUGCACAGGGAGACCUUACGAAGGAUAAGAAGGAUCUUCUUGGAGAGCUCUCUAAAGUGCUUAGUAUUUCAACAGAACGACAUCGUGCUGAAGUUCGGAGAGCAGUAAAUGAUGAACGACUAACAACGAUUGCACACAAUAUGUCUGGACCAAACAGCUCUUCAGAGUGGUCCAUAGAAGGUCGUCGACUGGUGCCGCUGAUGCCACGACUUGUUCCACAAACAGCUUUUACUGUUACCGCAAACGCUGUUGCCAAUGCAGCUGUUCAGCACAAUGCAUCUCUUCCAGUUCCUGCAGAAACUGGAAGCAGAGAAGGUGUCAGCUGCUCAGAUGAUGAUGAAAAGCCCCGCAAAAGACGGCGAACGAAUUCUUCUAGUUCUUCCCCUGUUCUCCUGAAAGAAGUCCCGAAGGCGGUGACUCCCGUCACUAAAACUAUCACAGUGCCUGUAAGUGGCAGCCCCAAAAUGAGUAAUAUAAUGCAGAGCAUUGCCAACUCCUUACCACCACACAUGUCGCCUGUGAAAAUAACCUUCACUAAGCCCUCCACACAGACAACAAACACCACAACACAGAAGGUGAUAAUAGUAACCACCUCUCCAAGCUCAACUUUUGUACCCAACAUCCUUUCCAAGUCCCACAACUAUGCAGCAGUUACAAAACUUGUCCCAACAUCAGUCAUUGCCUCAACUACUCAAAAGCAGCCCGUGGUUAUCACUGCUUCCCAGUCCUCUGUGGGCAGCAGCAGCAGCAGCUGCUCCACUCCCUCCUGCACUGCAAAUACUAUUGCUGUGACUGCUGUAGUGUCGUCCACACCAUCAGUGGUUAUGUCAACAGUGGCACAAGGUGUGUCUACAUCAGCAAUUAAAGUUGCCUCUACCAGACUACCUUCCCCAAAAGGUUUGGUUGGGAAUCCAACUCAGAUCUUAGCACAGUUUCCCAAACAGCAUCAGCAGUCUCCCAAACAGCAGCUGCACCAAGUCCARCAGGCCCAACAGCCUCAGCAGCAGCAACCGCAGCAGCAGCAGCUGGUGCCGUGUUCUGUAGCCCCGCAGCAGCCGCAGCAAUCUCAGCUGGCCCCUGGCAUCAAGCCCUCCAUUCAGAUCAAACAGGAAUCAGGUGUUAAAAUAAUCACUCAACAGGUGCAGCCCAGUAAAAUCCUUCCCAAACCAGUUACAGCGACCUUGCCCAGCAGUAGCAAUUCACCUAUUAUGGUGGUUAGCAGUAAUGGGACUAUCAUGACAACUAAACUGGUCACUACUCCCACUGGAACUCAAGCAACAUAUACACGGCCAACAGUGAGCCCCUCUCUGGGGGCUCGGAUGGCUGGAACUCCAGGGGCUGCUACGUAUGUGAAAACUACAAGUGGUAGCAUCAUUACUGUAGUACCAAAAUCACUAGCUACUCUAGGAGGGAAGAUCAUCAGCAGUAAUAUUGUUUCUGGAACUACAACCAAAAUCACUACAAUUCCAAUGACAUCGAAACCCAAUGUGAUUGUUGUGCAAAAGACCACUGGAAAAGGAACUACAAUUCAAGGGCUUCCAGGCAAAAAUGUUGUCACAACACUGUUGAAUGCUGGGGGGGAGAAAACUAUUCAGGCAGUGCCAGCAGGAGCAAAACCUGCUAUCAUCACUGCUACAAGACCCAUCACAAAAAUGAUUGUUACACAGCCAAAAGGAAUAGGGUCUACGGUCCAGCCAGCCACCAAAAUCAUCCCAACUAAAAUUGUUUAUGGUCAGCAAGGGAAAACUCAGGUCCUCAUAAAACCAAAGCCAGUGACAUUUCAAGCAACAGUUGUGAGUGAACAAACCAGACAGCUGGUGACUGAAACGUUACAGCAGGCAUCAAGGGUAGCAGAGACAGGAAACUCAUCUCUCCCAGAAGUGAAAGAGGAACCACAAACCUACACUGACAGCAGCUCUUCUUCUACAGAGUCUUCCCAGAGCUCUCAAGAUUCUCAGCCUGUGGUCCAUGUGAUUGCUUCAAGAAGUCARGAUUGGACAGAACAUGAAAUUGCUGUAGACACAAGCCCUACAAUAAUUUACCAGGAUGUGUCCAGUGAAUCUCAGUCAGCUACUUCCACAAUAAAAGCUUUGCUGGAACUUCAGCAGACUACAGCAGUGAAGGAAAAGUUGGAAUCAAAGCCAAGGCAGCCUACCAUUGACUUGAGCCAAAUGGCUGUCCCAAUCCAGAUGACWCAAGAAAAGAGACAUUCUCCAGAAAGCCCUUCAAUUGCUGUUGUAGAGUCAGAACUAGUGGCUGAAUAUAUCACAACUGACUCAGGAAGACAACAUUGUAUUGGUUCACAUUCGGAAGAGUAUCUACACAACCAUAUAGUCAGUCAUCGGUCCCAGCCCCACCAGUCAUCUCAGCCCCAGAGGACUCUGCUGCAGCACGUGGCUCAGUCGCAGACAGCAACGCAGACUUCUGUUGUGGUGAAAUCUAUCCCUGCAUCCUCCACAGGCGCUAUUACCCAUAUCAUGCAGCAGGCCUUAAGCAGUCACACUGCAUUUACCAAACACAGUGAACAACUUGGAACUGAGGAAGGAGAAGUGGAAGAGAUGGACACCUUAGAUCCUCAGACUGGCCUGUUUUACAGAUCGGCCCUGACACAAUCACAGACACAAAAGCAGCAAAAAAUGAGUCAGCCACAGCUGGAACAGACUCAACUGCAAGUGAAAACUCUGCAGUGUUUCCAGACUAAGCAGAAGCAGACAAUCCACCURCAGGCUGAUCAAAUCCAGCACAAACUCCCACAAAUGCCCCAGCUUUCCAUAAGGCAUCAAAAGCUAACCCCAUUGCAGCAAGAGCAAGCACAGACYAAACCAGAUGCACAGCAGCCCCCACACCACAUGGUGGCCAAAGAAAGGCAACUCCCUACCUUAGUGGCACAGCCACAGCAAACUGUAGUACAGGUGCUUGCAGUAAAAACCACGCAGCAGCUGCCCAAACUGCAACAGGCACCAACGGCACAAAAAAUCUACGUGCAACCCCAGCCCCCCCAGAGUCAAAUGCAGCUACCUGCUUCUUCAGAGAAACAACCAGCAAGCCAGGCAUCCACGGAGACAGCAGUAGCAGAUAUAUUGAAAGUGUCUAUGGUGGAAGCUCAGAUUGAUGCAAACAUAGAACAUACGAUAGUGGAUCCCCCAAACAAGGCCACGUCCACUAGUAAACCCGCUAGUGAAGCAGAGUCGUCACCUUGUACCCAGGGUCCGAGGGUGGCUGCAGUAGGGAUGAUGGCACCUUCCAUCCUCCAGCAACAGACACGUACAGAAUCCAGCUCAAGUCCUCCUGCUGUUGGUACUACUUUAACAGAGAGGAAACUCGAUGCACAAGGAAUGCCUACAACAAACCAGUUCAUGCACAUUCAGAAUAUAUCACAAAAGAAAGCUGAAGAGAGCUCAUCAGAAACUGUUGUCCAGACUAUCCCUCACUAUUCCAUCCCUUGUCACUCCAGCUCCAAUGUGGUAGUGGAACCCAGUGGGCUCCUGGAGCUCAACAACUUCACCAGUCAGUGCCUCGAUGAUGAGGAGACAGCAAUGGAGCAAGAUGUGGACAGUAGCACUGAGGAUGGCACUGAGCCCAGCCCCUCUCAAAGUUCUGCUGAACAAUCCUAAGGAAGUGGGACACUGGAGUGCGCUUUAAAAKAUCUUGGGAUUUUGAGUAUCCAAGAUGCCCUUCUCUUGUGAUGUUUUAGAGCACUUUGCCUAUUAGAUACAUUCAUUGGACUCUUGAAGCAUCAGUGUGUUUUAACAAAACCGUAUUGAAAGAGCUGCAUCUUAAAAAUUGUUUCCAAAAAAAAAGGAAAAUAUGUAGUUACUGAGAUUUAGUAAACCUGUGACAGUGGAAUGUACUCCUGUUAAAAAACRAAGCUGCCAUAAUUCUAAAGCUUGUGCUAUUGAAGUCCUUGCCCAGAUACUGAAGCAGCUGUUAGUGAAAAGGGAUUAUUGUUUUGCUGUCUUUUUAGUUGUUGAGCAAAACACCAUCCAAAAAAAAAAAGUUUAAUAAAUACUUGUAUUUUUAAAUAGCAUGUGAGAGAAAAAAUGUCUCUGACAGUGCUGGAAAAGCCCCAGGAAUUUUGAGUAUCCAAGUACUCAAAGUAGUACUACUAUCCAAGUAGCUUUCUUGCACUCAUGCUCACUUAAUUUUUUUCAUAAGCCUAAAAGUUUUUUUUUUCAUUCUUUUUUGUGAAUGUUUGAAAAUAAGCAAAAUUGGUAACUGGUAGCAAAGUGGAUUUGCUAGUGAAUUUUUGUGUUCAUGCUUUACAAGAAGUAGGGUAAAAGUAGGGUAAUGGUAGAUGAGGCAUUUCUUUGUGCCAUAAGCACACAAAAUGCUUGUCUACUCUAGUUAACCUUUGAUUAUUUAUUUAAAWAUAAAAUUUAAAGUGAGACAAGUUGUUGGAAGAGUUCCUGUGAAACAGGCAGUUGUAUUAGUUUUAGUACAAACCAGGGAGAAGAAGGUGUCUUUUGCUAUUAAUCAGUUUUUCAAAACUGGGGAUAAGGGGUUCAACAUCUUUCCAAGUUGAACUUAAGAAUUUAGAAGUGAGCUAAGGCUUUUCAAAAUCUGCAUUUUACUCUUACGUGCUGUUUUUAAAGUUGACUAUUUGGGGAGUUCAAAACCUUAAAUGGGUAUACAGUGGUAGGUUUCCAAAAUAAGCCUUAUGCCUUGGCUUGUUGAAGCAAUACUUUGGGGUUUUGUGAUAGUUACAAGUCACAGAAAGAGGCUUGGGUUCAGAUGGGACAAGUGAACCAGUUUUAAUACAUUCUGGUAAUCAAGACAAUACUUUUUUUUUUUCCAAAAUGUAUAUAAAACCAUGUUUUUAACUGUUUUGUAUAGAUUUCAUUAUAAAUAACUAAGCAUUUUAUGACUUUGACAUAUCAUUUAAUUGUAUAUACAUGUAUAAGCCUAACUGCCCACAUUUUGGUGCUGAAGUACUACUGUAAGUAGAUUUCAUCCAAAGUCUAAUACAGCUUUUUGCGUCAGUYUUUUUUUUAAGCUGUCAUUUUACUGUUGAUAUUGUAGUUAAGGUUAAAUUCCAGCUGGAGUAACUCAAACUAAAAACCACAAACCAAAAAAACCCACUUAUCUGUCUGGAGUAUCCACCUAUGUUAGAAUGUGCAGUAACCCCUAGAUGGGGCUCUUGGUUUUCCUCUAAUCUCAGUUAUCUUAUAAAUGAAGUCAUUAGGACCGUCAUGUAUUUUUUUUUCCUUCUGUUUUCUUUUUCUAUCAGUGUUAGUUCCAAAAUAAUGUAGUUUAUAAUUGUGGAGAAGUGUCCUGAUAGAUUCAACGUGCAAAUACUGGAAUAGUGACUUAUGAAACUAACAAUUUUUGUGCUACCUUCAUAUUGAAAUAAGUAUUGGUUUCGGUUCUGCUGUCCAUAGUGCUCAGGAUUGAAGGAAUAAUAUGUAUUGAAUGAAAUAUUCCACAUUUCUUUAGUUCAAUAAUAACUCCGUCAGUAGGCCAUUGUAGGUAGUUCAGGUUUUAAUUACUCUUCAGGAGUUUUUGUUCUUGCUUUAAAGAAAUCACAGCAAUCAACAAGAGUAACAAGGUAUGAUCUAAGUUGUSAAAGUUCCACAUUGCUUCAGAAUGACAAAAAGUGGCUCAAUACCAUUACUGGCAUUGGGCAGUCUCUUAUGCKUUGCAUAAAUCUGUGUAAGGAAUGGUCUGCAUUAUGAUACCCAUUGGUGAAAAGCCCAGAGCAGGUGAGACACACAGUUCUGGCUUGUAUAAAAUUUUCAUUGUCACCUGCAGUGCUUUGCGUGUCCCUCCUCUCUAGGAUUGGAGGGUCAUGAAAAUAUAAGAGAGAGUAAGAUUUUUCUUAAGCACUCAGGACCAAAAACAUUGUCCUAAGUUACAGUUUCAKUUUUAGGUGAAAGUGUAUGCCUCCUCAGCCAAAAACAGAUACCAGAAAUUGCCUACAGUGAAUUCAACACCAAAGCAUUCACUAUAUUAUUGAGUUGCAGUCCAGUUUAUUCAGAUGUUUUAUGUAAGGCUGUUGUUUGCCYCUUUAGUGAUGGCUGGAGCAAAGAUAUGGACAACUACAGUGAACUAUCUGACAGUUCUUUAAAGACAGCAAAUUGUUAAACACCUGAAACCUUUUCAGGUUUCUAUGAGAAGUGAUUGAUUUCAGGUUGGUAAGUUGGGGAUGUCUAGGGGUGAUGUAAGAAACUUAGAAGAAKGAACUUUGGCAGUGUAUUCAUUCUYGAGACUCUUCUCUUACUGCUUUCCCAAAYUUCAGCUUGUUUUCCUUCACCAUAUGAAUACCUUUACAAAUAACAGCUACCCAAGGUGAGCUAAAAUACGGGUAGAUAUGGUAAUUUUCUUUUUACUUGCUUUUUGAUAAUGGUAGUAAGAUGAGGUGCUUGGAGGAUUUGGCCUUCUCCCCUUUCCAUGAACUCCAGGCCCCACUGCCUGGCAGAUGUGCAGCUUUUUCCUGCUUGUCGUUGGAAUACUUCAUCCUCCUGCAGUCGUGUAUCCGCUUCUCACAGCCCUAYAAACAUCAGUGAACUGCUAAAAAUAAAACAUCAGUAUGUCAGAUAAGAUUUGCAUAUCUUAUCUCCCUACUAAGCUGUAUCUUCAUUCCUGAAAUUAAUUUGAUGUCCCUCCUUGGAACAGAAGAAAGGGUAGGUAUGGUGGUGGUAAUUUUUGGCACCAGGAAUUAGCAGGCAAUAGGCUGGUAUGUUAUCAGAAAGCUGUAUAUUGUAAAGCARGUGAAGUGGCAUUAACAAGUCUCUGAAUUCAGCAGUUUAACAAACAUGCUCUGGCACUGCAGUAACACAUGAAUCUUCAAAAAAGGAUGCUAAGAUAGUGAACUGAAGUUAGAGGAGGUACUUAAACUAGGGGGAAUUUGUGUGCUUUAAAGAUGCCGGGAAUCAUAAAGGCUUGUAUGUUUUCUGGAAAGGUUAAAACAUUGGGGUGAAGGUAUUUUCAGUCUCAGUCUUUCUUCCAUUGGUAAAAUAAGUUUUUGAAAUUUCAGGGCAAAAUAGAAAAGGGGCCCUUAAGGCCCUUUGACCAGAACACAUGACUAAAUCAAUGGGAUUAAAAAAAAAAAAAA